AUGGCUAGCGAACAGCGUCAGAACGUGAAUGUGCCAGAGGCCGCCGCCCCUGUUGCGACGGAACAGCAUCCGCAGAAUUCGGCAGUUGCCAAAGAACCAGAGGAGCUGAACCCCGAUGGAACCCCCCUGUCAGACAAACAGCGCCGAAAGCGAGCCGAGAAGGCCGAAAAGGAGCGCAUCAAGGCCGAAAAGGCAGCGCGUCUGGCCGCUGAGCAGGCCGCCCGCCAGGCACAGGAAGUCGACUUUGCUGAAGGUAACUACGGUGUUCUCCCUAUGAACCAGUCGCAGGAGCGUAAGAACCAGCAGCUCUUCGCGAUUGGGGACAUUCAUCCGGACAGGGACGGCGAGUCCAUUACGUUGUUGGCACGCCUACAGACAAGCCGUGCUCCUUCGGCAAAACUUGUAUUUUUGACUUUCCGUCAAAAUGUGCACUGCGUGCAAGCCACACUAGCCGUAACGCCCGAAAAGAUUUCGCGCCAGAUGACUAAGUGGGCGGCAUCGAUUACCCCUGAGUCGAUUGUGCAAGUUGAGGGUACUAUUGUCAAAGUGCCCAAGCCGAUCGAAUCUCCUAGUGUCACAGUGAAAGAUGCCGAGAUCAAGAUCUCACGCAUUUUCGUGGCUGUCCCUGUAACGUGGGAGGGUCAGAUUCCGUUCUAUGUUGACGAUGCUACGCGUUCAGAUGCGGAAAUUGAGGCAUCGCAAAACACGCCGCGCCCGCUUCCGCCAAUUGCUCUUGACACGCGACUUGACAACCGAGUGUUGGAUCUGCGGACACCUACGAACCAAGCGAUUUUUCGCUUGAAUCACGGCGUGUGCCGCCUUUUCCGCGAGUUUCUGGAAAACAACGACUUUAUCGAAAUCCACACGCCCAAACUCCAGGGCGCUGCUACAGAGAGCGGGGCUUCGGUAUUCAAGGUGGAUUAUUUCAAGGGUAAUGCUUUUCUCGCCCAGAGCCCGCAGCUGGCCAAGCAGAUGGCCAUUUCGGCAGACUUUGGCCGUGUCUAUGAGAUUGGACCUGUGUUCCGUGCCGAGGACAGUAACACCAAUCGCCAUAUGACCGAGUUCACCGGGCUGGAUUUGGAGAUGGCAUUCCAGGAGCACUACCAUGAAGUGGUAGAUCUUCUUAAUCAGCUCUUUAUGUAUAUCUUCAGCGAGCUGCCCAAGCGCUACGCCGUUGAAAUUGCUGCCAUCCGUCGUCAGUUCCCUGUGGAGGAAUUCUUGGUGCCUGAGAAGCCAAUUGUGAUCGACUUCAAGGAGGGUAUUCAGAUGCUGCGUGACGCUGGCUACGAGGUCGAAGACCUGGAUGACUUGAGUACUGAAACGGAACGAGCCUUGGGUAAGCUCGUGCGUGACAAGUACCAGACGGACUUUUAUGCGCUCGACAAGUUCCCGUUAGACAUCCGUCCCUUCUACACGAUGCCAGACGCGAAGGACUCCAAGUACUCGAACUCGUAUGACUUUUUCAUGCGCGGUCAAGAAAUUCUGUCGGGUGCACAACGUGUGCAUGACGCUAAAUACCUGGAAGAGCGUCUGGCUGCGGCCAAUAUUCCCGUGUCGGCUAUGAAGCACUAUGUCGAUGCAUUCCGACUUGGUGCGCCGCCUCACGCGGGCGGUGGUAUUGGCCUGGAGCGUGUGGUUAUGCUGUAUCUGGGCUUGGGCAACAUCCGUCGUGCCAGCAUGUUCCCUCGUGAUCCCAAGCGCCUGGAGCCCUAA